ACUAGCAGCAUUGAAGGAGUAUCGGUGUUGUUUUGUUGCAGCCGACCGUGUAAAAUGAGCAGUCACCAGCUGCUCUCCGCCUCGUGCCUCAGCCAACGGCUCGUGGCGGCCGUGGAGGAGGUCAUGGAGCUCGUGAGAGCCACGGUGAUCCAGUACGACCUGGAGAGCACUCAGGUACGCCGCGAGAAUCAGCUGCUCCGGUGCAAGCUGGGGGAAAUCACCGGCGGAAUUCCUCCGGACACAGCCGGGAACUCUCCGACUGGGGAGGAGUGGGCCGACUGGACGCAUCACCUGGACCAGAACUCCGGAACCGCAGUGGACCCGCAGAACCAGCUGCAGAACCAGCAGAACCAGCGGAACCAGUCCCUGAGCUGUGCGUCUGCGCUGGGCUUUAAGAGUGAUGAGCAGACCCCGACACCAGAGCCUGCAGCGCCCCCUACCUGCGUCAGCGUGAAGACCGAGUGGGCCGACGACGCCCCUGAGCCCAACAGCCAAUCACAGCAGAGCAGCGGAGCUGAUGUCAAGACAGAGCUCCUCCUCACGAGAACCAUCAAAAUGGAGUCAGAGGAGAUGGUACUAUUCUCAGAACUUCACCCGGUCGCCAUGGAAGCGACCCCCAUCCAAGCCCCACCUCCAGACACCGUUGCCGUGGAGACGGUGGUGUUUGCGGAGCAUCAUCUGGACUGCUCUACUGCUCGCACAGUUGACCUCCCCUCAGCAGGGGGCGCCAUAACAAACGCCUCCCACCGCCAGACCUCACCAACAGCCCCCCACCCCACGCUCCGACCCCCCCACCCCAUAGAUGUCCGACCCCCCCACCCCACGGGUGCUGCUCCGUUUACCCACAAUCCCUUAGCCAGACCACGCCCUCUCCUCACGGCACAGCGUCAUGGCAACCCCGUGGGUGGGCCGGCAGUGGGCCGGGGCCAGGCCGGCGGAGGGCGGUGCGCGGUGUCGUUUCCAUGCCAACAGUGCGGGAAGCAGUUCGUGCACCGGUCGCGCCUGCGCGUGCACAUGCUCAUCCACACGGGCGAGAAGCCGUACGCCUGCCAGCGCUGCGGCAAGCGCUUCAACAACGACGGAACCCUGAAGAACCACCAGCGCGUCCACACCCAGCUCCGCCUACACAGCUGCCCCCUGUGUUCCAUGCGCUUCAAGGACGCCUACACCUGCCGCAAACACCUGGUACACACACCGCGGGCCAAGAGACGCGAGGGGAACGCCUCCCAGCACCACACACACGCUACACACCGCCGCAUAGGCAGACGAGGUGACGGUUCUACACAGUUCUACGUGGUGUUCCACAUUCUCAGUGACACGGUUCUACCUGGUGUUCCACAUUCUCAGUGA